AUGGCCAAAUGGGCGGCCCGGUCCGGGUUCCGUGAAGCCUGCGCCGCCGCCGCGCCCCUGCAGGAGCCGCCGCCCGGUUUGUCGCCGCCGCCGCCCGGCCAGGGCUCGCUAGAGCCGCCGCCGCCGCCGCCCGACCGAGGCUCGCCAGAGGCGCCGUCGCCCGGGGCUGCCAGAGCCGCCGCGCGGACGUCCCCGCCCCCCGGUUUGCCCGCCGCCGCCGCCCGCCCGGGGCUCGCCAGAGCCGCCGCCGCCCGGCCGGGAAUCGCCAGCGCCGCCGCCGCCCGGGGCUGCCAUAGCCGCCGCGCGGACGAUGGCGGCUCGAAAGUUGAAGAAUUUUGUGAAGGGCAUGACGAAGGGUUCUUCUUCUUCAGGAAGAAGCAAAGCACAAGAGUGUCUGUUCCAAGGUACCGAGAUGUUAACGAGACUCGAGAGGAGGAGGCGAGGGGUGAGGAUGCGGCCGAUUACGAUGCGGCCGAUGCAGACUAUGAGCAGGAAGAUGAUGCUGGAGGUGGAGCUGGAGAUGGGUGGUCUUCUGGUGGUGGUCAGUUUGAGGGUGGAGGGUCAGCAGGCGGAUGGGACUCAUGGCCUAGCAGUGAUGCUGGAGCUUCUAGUGGUGGAGGGUCUUCUCGGGCAUGGAAGUCGAGGAAAACACAUUGGGUGCCUCCUCCUAAAGUUCCUGCUCGUGAGGAGGAUAAGAUUCUGAUCGUACCGUGUGGCGACGAGUCUUGGAUUGAUGCAUCUUUUCAAGGUCAAGGACGUCGCACACAGGUGAAUAAAGUUUUGGGAAGUAUAUGCAAAUAUCUCUGGCCUGGUGUAGUGAUGGAGAAAGGCGUUGAGGUGCCUUGUAUGUCUUGGGAUCAGUACGGGCUCGCGUUCAAUGCAGAACAUAGGAAUGCCCAAGGUGCUGUGUGGCAUGAGUUCUGGAAACGUUACAAGUUGUCUGAAGAUGGAAGUCACUUCUGA